CUUUACCUACCUACCUAUUAAUUAUAAUUUAAAGCAAUUAUUCAACUUCUGACCUAGUUUUUUGUUUGAUCAUAUCUUAAUCAAGCUUUUAUGUUAAAUUGUUGACCAUUUGGUCUUGCUAUACAGAUAACGUUAAGUAUCAUAACAUGAUUUAACAAAUUAAUUCAUCGACAUAUUGUGUAAGGUUAGGUAGGUGGAUUUUUUAUUUUAGUUAUAUUAUGGCUUUAAACAUUCAAGAUUUUCAAGGAAGAAUUUGGAGUGUAUCGAUACGUAUCGAGGCAAUUUUGAGCGUUCAAGAAGUUACACUUGCAGUAUACAAGCGAAACGUACCGACCCGUAUCGGACUCGGACUUCGAUACGAGGUGGUACGUAUCGAUACGUAUCAAAUUUUUCUUUUUGAAAAUCUUGAUUGUAUUAUAGAUAUUUUUAAUUUCAUUGUUAUAGUCUUUGCUAUGAUACUCAUCCUAUGGUAUUCAAACUGCAUUACGGCUCCACAGGCCAUUGUCUUUCUGUUCUUACAUCAUACAUGCUGGCAAUAUUAUAGCUUACAAUCAACAUUAUAACUAGGUAAAAUACGUGCAACUAAAAUCAUUAUUAGUAGGUAGGUACUUCUAAGUAGUAAUAACUAAUUUCUAGGUA